UGUGUCAACUACUCAAACAAUCACAAAUUAUUUUCAUUUUUUUUACAAGGUGAAUAAGUUAUAUUUAAUAACAGUGCAACCUCGGUCAAUGAAUUGAUCACCAUUAUAAUAUAAACACGCGCUAAAUCUGCAUUACUUUAUAAUUUCUAGUGUAUAUAAUCGUGCAGUGAUGAAGUGAAUGUUAUGGCUGGUACAAUCGUAGUUAUUUCGCAUAGUAGGUAAAUAAUCUAGUGAGAUAUCAAUGCGCUCAUCAGUGAGCUACAUACUGUCUCACGCGCCCGGAGAGUCUGUGAUGUCGCACCCGGACUAUGCGCAGCAUGCCCAACACCAUGCGAGCCUGUUGGUGCUCGUGAAAGGGAUUGGGGGCGUGCUGAAGAACUUCAAUAAGCUUUGGGAGCGAAUACAGCGCGUCAAUAACAUCAAAGUCACAGAUUCUUCAGGUCAAGUAAGAGACAUCUGGGUGAGGUAUGUCAGAGACUACCCUGUUGAAAAUAACGAUUGGGGUGACUUCCAAACUCAUAGGAGACUACUUGGUCUAAUAACACUUAGUAAGUUCACCAAUCAAAUAGAACUGAAUGAAGUGUGCAGGGUUCAUGAAUCACUGAAAGUGAAGUAUACAAACACUCUGUAUGAUUCUCGAGCAUUCAUGUUUGGUCCUGGCAGCAAUCUUAAGAAACCAGAACAGGAGCCAGAAACCUACAGUGCAUUUGAAGAUGAAAAGUCUAAGGAAAAAACUAGUUUAAGUGACAAGAUAUCUCUACCCAGUGAGCAAGCGGACAGUCUCUCGUCAUGUGAAAGCUUCCCACAAUCUUCAUCGUCCACUGCUUCAUAUUCAGUGCAAGAAGAGAAUUUCACAACUCCAUCUAACUUCAAAACUCAUGCUCUAUUUUAUGGGGAGAAUGAUCCUGUACCAGAUCUAGAGCAGCAUGUUGCUGAUCUUAUUAACUCAUUAUUUUGGGUAGUAGAGUCCAAGAGAUUAGAGAGAUCAAGGGAAAAAUUAGAGAAGGUGUCAUUGCUGGUUGCACCAUUUGAGAAGAGGGAUUUUGUUGGUCUCGACAUGGAGUCGCGCAACAAUAAAAAACGUUGUAUGGGACGCGUGACUAAAAAUCUGGCUGAUUUAACAUUACAGGCUGGUCUAGUAGCAGAGGCCCUAAGUCUAUACUAUUCUGCAGCAGAAAUACUCAAAUCUGUUACCGAUUGGCUCUGGCUAGCAGCAGCUAAAGAAGGACAUUGUGCGACAUCAGCAAUUCUCCAAUACCCCAAUCUCAGGAAUCCGAUGCCCUUGCAACGUAAUGCAAGCUUACAAGAAAGUUCUCCCAAUAAAACUAAACCCCUGUCACUCUACCAACCAUGUGCUGAUCCAUUCAGGAAGUUUAAACUUCAUUCAUCCCCGCUAAGGUCGUCUAAAACUUCUAGUCCAGUUAAUCCGCCAAGUGAACUUACACCUUCCUCCUCUGAAAGUGUGGAGACAUCUUCCAGACAGUCGGAAACUGAUAAUGCUGAUUCUGAAUCCUUGGCAUCGUCAAGUGACGUCGACUAUCACAGCCAAAAGUCCUAUCUGAGCCCUGACCUUCCUUCCAUACCCCGACAGCCUCCAUCCCAAAUCAAUAACCAAUACUUACUUAAUGGCGAAGAAAUCGCUGAAAAGUACCGGAAAGCGAUCAUUCAUUACAGUAAAUAUCAGAACGCGGGCAUUAUUGAAACGGAGGCUUGCUUCAAGGCCGCUAGAAUUGCGGUCGAACAAAACAACAGUUUGCACGCGUCAGGCUUUCUACAAAAUGUAAUAUUUAUUAACUUAACUUUAAGUGAACAAGAGAAGAUUCAGAGAUUUGAUACACUUGCUGAACUUUAUAAAGAGAUAGGUUUCCUCCGCAAAGCCGCCUUUUGUCAGCGACUUGCAGCAACUCGGCAAGUGAGUGCGAAUAACCCAAAUCCCGACUGGCAAAGAUGUUACUACCUUAUGUUGCACAGCUUCCCAGGACACAAGCUUUAUCUUGACCCAAACUACGUCAUACAACAUCAAGUUGGUUGGCCGCGGCUACAAAUUCAGCUACUACAUGAGUUAGUGGUAGCGGCUCGCAGGAUGGGACACCCCGCGCUUGCGACGCGUCACAUGACAUUCCUCUUGCAGACCAUGUGGUCGCAUCUAUCGCGGCAAGAUCAUAGAGAUAUGGCCAUACAGUUACAGGCUCUGUCAGCAAAAUGCGAAGGUGGACCUAUACCUCUGGUACUCGAAACUGGCGAAGUCAUCCCACCAGCAAACCUCACCCAUGUGCCCAGCUGCUCUUAUUUCAACCCGCGGCCCUUGCCCCCAGCUAGAACACCCCAUCUCAUCAAAUGCAAAGCGACUCAAGGCCCUUUUAUAUUCACCCCCAUACAUUUCGGUAGCCUUGAGAGGAAGACCAAAAAGGAUGAAGGAAAAAUGGAAUACCUUUGGGUGGAAGACGACAUCUGCGAAGUCCAAUUAAAAUUGACAAAUCCAUUGCCGUUCGAGCUUAAAGUGUCUAACAUGCGUCUGUUAACUUCUGGCAUUGUCUUUGAAUCAAUUCCCGAGACAAUAAUCCUCCCCCCAGAUUCCCCCACCACAGUUAAUCUACACGGAACACCCAAGGAAGUGGGGGACCUGCAAAUUUUAGGCUACUCAACCCAUACUCUAGGUGUCAAAUCGAACUGCAGACUGAAAAAUAUGCCUUUGCCAAAUAAAUUCCCCGCCUCUUUCUCAAUUGAAGUUAUUCCUAGCCUUCCGACAAUUACUAUAGAAACAACGCUCUCUCUUUCUGGUAACAUAAAUCUGUCUAAUCCGGAAAUUUCGGGAAGUAUUACUAAUAUCUCCCUAUACAAUGGAGAAAGUACGGAGUGUACUAUAAAGAUCACCAAUACCAGUAGCGUACCGAUUGAAUACCUAGAGUUAUCUAUUCAGUCAAAUAUGGAUAGUCAACUGCAAACAAAAGUAUUCCAAUGGUCCAAUGACGAAAUCCAGUCCCAACUGCCAAUCAACCCGAAUGAAGUUGCGACUAUAGUUAUGAAGUUAUAUGGCGAAGCAGAUUUCCUGGACUUGGGCGGCGUUGGGGAGAACAUAUUUCCUAAUAGCUUAACGUCAAAUUAUCCUUCGCGAGUGGGGUCGCCUGUACCAAACGCGCAAACGUCUUUGCCUACGCAAAGCUCCAACCCCCAGAACUCAUUGAGCAGUGGACUACUUGUUAACCGAACGUCCGGAAGUUUCAGAUCCACCAAUUCUCAAGCUACUAGUUGGUCAGCGCCUAUCUCAAUAAUGCCACCGUCUCGAGGGCGACAAAUUGAAGCACAGCUGUUAAUAAGGUACUCGGGCGGCAUGGGUAAAGAAAUGCAUUGUCGACAGUCUACUCUUCAGAUGAAUCUCGAGUUGUUACCUAGUGUAUCUAUCACGCACUGGGAUGUACUGCCAGCGGAAAUUCCAAGCCAACUGUACCUAGUGUUGGACAUCACGAAUCUCACAAACGAAGAAAUGGACUUCCAUUAUGCGUCGAGCAAACACAUCUUAAUAGAAAGCAAGGAAUCUUGCAGAGUGCCCGUGCCACUUGACAGGUGCCCCUUCACUGCCGCGCCUGCAAAAAUCGAGGAAGAUACAUUAGAACCAAAGUCCAUAAGCACUGGCGCAUCAACCAAUAGCCUUGAACUGAUGUGUUCGGACCACUUAACGAAGAACGUGGACCUGCGAUGGCAUCUGCUGCAGUCCAAUAUCGCAGGGAAGGCUUCAGUUAAGGGCAUCACACUAUCGCAAACAAUGAUGGAUAUUGUAAGGAUGUCGCCAUUAAAUUGGGAAGUAAGCGUAAACAAGCAAUGCAUCAAGCCCCAAGAGGAAUACAACUGCAUUGCCGGCGAGUGUCUCUCUCUAGGCGUUGCUGUCCGGAACCAUCUAGACCGACCUCUACACAAGCUGUGUCUCUCCGUACAGUUCUACCAGGACUACAACAAUGGCGUGCUGAAUUAUAAGCUCGACAAUCGUGUUGCCACUGCGGGGAAUAACAAAAUUGUGCUGGCAACACUGCUAGAAUCGGCAAAAGCGUUUCAUGAGUGUACGGUGGUGUUUCUGACCCCGGGAGAAUACAAAAUAGAUAUCCAGUGUUCAACCUCGGAGCCAAUACUGGACGAAGCACCAGUCAUCAGGGAUAAUGAGCCCAGUGCCCAGACAUGCGCAGGCGAAGUCAGUCAUAUUUGGAGAUUUAUUCCUCCAGUAGCAAUAAGCGUUACAGAUUAAAAAGAAAAAUGUAUAUUCCUAUAGACUGAUUAAGUUUAUUUAUUCGACAUGUUAUAUAAUUUAAAUUCACAUAUUUCAUAUUUUACAGUUGUGUUAGUCGUUAUAUAAAUUAUAUUAUUAUAUGGAUACAGGUUUUCUCUCAGUGCACAUAUUUUAAUAUGUUGUAAAAAGAUCGAAAUUUAUUUAGCACGUUUUCGAAACGUUAAAUCUGUAACACAAAAAAUAAAAACAAUGUAACUGUUUUAAAACUUUUAAAACUAUCGUAUCAGCUGUGGCCAAAGCUCUCGCAGUUUUAUCGCCAGUUUAUUAAAAUAAAGUAUUAAAAAAAAAAAAAAAAAA